AUGCCUUCGUCACGCUGCGAGUCCAUUGGACCCACGCAAUCUCGCGUAAAGGCUCAAAUCCUCACCGACGCGGAGCGACAAGCCAUGAUUAACAUGCUGCUAGCGAGCAGCAAUGGCGGCAAACGAAAGUAUGGAUCCGUCAAAGGCGUGGCAGACCAAUUCAACUGCCAUCGCACAACGGUGUCCGCGGUCUGGAACUCGUGGAAAGCAGCAUGCACAGAGAGCUGCUCCAAGAUGAUCGCGCCACCUCCAACAUCCCGCAUGAAAUGGAACUGUGGAACGAAAACAAAGUGGUCUGCAGAAGCCAUUGAGGCAGUGAUCAAGUCCGUCCCGUUUCACAAACGACAAACAACCCGAGCUUUGGCCUUUCACUCUGGCGUUCCGCGAUCAACCAUUCUGCGCCACAUGAAGCACAACCGCCGGCUCCGAUGCAAGUCGUCGUACCUGCGGCCAUUGCUCACUGAAGACAACAAGGAAGAACGCAUGAAGUUUGCUUUGUCCUUUGUCAAGAACCACGUUUUCGACGACAUGCAGGACGUCGGGCACGUUGACGAGAAUUGGUUCUUCUUAACAAAGAACAAGGGCAAGUUUUACGUGUACGACGACGAAACGUUGCCACACCGUCAGUCCAAGUCGAAGCGCUUCAUCACUAAGGUAAUGUUCCUCUGUGCUGUUGCGCGGCCCCAGAGGAACACCCCCCACGAGCGCUUCGGGUUCACGGUGAAGAACACCGAGAAAUGA